AUGGCCGCGGCAGGACCGGCUGCAGCUUUUGCGCCGAAUAAGCACCUCGCCGGAAGGCCCUCUUCAGGCCUGCCGUCAGACACCCCUAUGGCAGGAGCGCAAAGUCCAGCAUCUGCAGCAACAUGCGCCUCAGUGCAUUUGCGGCAACUUCAACCGAAUGGCUCUGCCCCGCGUCCCUUCAUACCAAGGAGCCUGAUAGUAUCAGCACCGACAGCCACCGCAGCAAACGAAUCCGCGGCAGACACGACGACAGCCUCAAUGGGGUCAUGGCGUCUAGCUUACGCCCUGAAGCAGCAGCGCGACUUUGGAGUCAAGCGAGUAGUACAGAAACGACGCCACCAGAUGCGCAUUGUGCACCCUAAGCAGGAGCCCUUCUUGCCUCCUCCGGCGUCCGCUUCGGGAGAUCCCCCUAAGCCUCCCCAGCCGCUCCCACUCUCUCUUGUGAAUUCAGGGCCAGUCAGACGCUUGUUGUACAGCGGGUCCGCUGCUGCUGCUGCUGCUGCUGCGGCCGUGGACUGGAGACAAUACUUAUCUCCUUGUCGAGGGGUGCGCUGGCAUCCCUGCGGGGCGUGGCGAGUGCAGUUUGACCGUCGAAACCCACAAAAAAACUUUUUCGUGAGAGCCGACCUGUACUUCCGCGUUGGCCUGUAUGGCUUUAGCGGAGCCAAGCACAGGGCCGUCCGCUACAGGAAGCGGCUCGAGAUGGAGUGGGAAGAGCUGCAGGAGACUUGGAAGGCCCUCGACGAGCAGCACAAACUUCAAGAACAGCAGCGAAUGGCUAAGCGUAAGACUCAUGAAUGUGGUGCCGCAUUCUUGGGACGGGUGGCUCCGCUAUCGCCGUUUCUGCGCGGCUUCAGCUACGAAAUAAACCCUUCAAGAAACAAAAGUUUUGAUGGGAGACUCUUCAGGCCUGUCCAGGCAAGCGGUAGUGAGCAGUGUUUAGGGGUAAUGACUUGCCUUCACGGUGAGGGUGUGGCUGCUGCUUGGGGGAGGGGUCAUAAAAAACAUGGGGUUAGAUACAGCAGCUGA